CGACGGAAACGGAACCAAACGGAACGUGAAAUGCGAAAUGUGAAGUGAGUGAAAGAAAUGUACUGUUAUUGUACUAAGUGAUGGUAGUGGUUUCGGUUGUGUAUGUGAGGCAGCAGCAAUGGAUGUGCGAAGAUAUUUGGGGCGGUGGAGUGCGCGUUUCAGCCGCUGGCAAUAAAUAUAAUACCAUUAUGAGUGAAUUUAAUUAAAAUGGUUUAGUAGAAAAAAAGAAGUGAUUUUGCGGAACAGUAAAAGUGCAGGUAGGGGGGAAAAUUGAAAAUUGUAUGGAAAAAAGAACAAAAUUAUCGUCAAUUUGGUCUGCUUUUGAUUGCUUCAAAUAUAAAAUAUCAUAAAAAUAAUAACAAGUAAACACAUUUCUAGUACAACUAAAGAAGAAAAUGCUUGAACACAACUAAUCGCUCAGACAAAAGUGGCGAACAAAUAAGAAAUAAAAACAAGAAUUAGUUAAUUUUAUAGUCAGUCCCAGACUAAAGGAUUGAAAAAUUUAAGGACUUCAGUGGCAAUUGAUUCAGAUAAAAUUCGUGCAAAAUCCGAUAAAUAAAAUUAGGCUUUCACAUAAAAAAAUAUGGUUUAAAGAAAUAUUUGAAAGUAAAGUUAGAUUAAAUAAUCUUGCAAUUUUAAACUUCGUGCAAUAUCAAAGUGGAUUAGUUUUAUAUGUUACUGAUUUUUUUAUGAAAAUAAAGUAAAUAAAAAUUACAAACUUCGAUUUUGACAACCUCGAUUUGCUCUACAGCAGUCAACAAUCCAAGACAACUAGACUGGAAUAGCUUCAAGUCACAAAACGCACAAGAAAUGGAUAAAAGAGCCGCACAGAAACUUGCACAAACACACAAUUCCAGCAAAAGUCGCACCGCCGAACUGCCAAAUGCCAGCACACGAAAUGGUGGAUUUUGUGGAGCGCUACAGCGAGCGCCACCACCCAUGCCACCGGGGCUGGCGCGAAGGCUUGCGAACAAGGAAAACUACGGCAUCAGCAAGGUUAAGGUAAUGUUGCGUGUCUCGGACACAACGCACAACGACACGGAACACCCGCAUUUCAUGGCGGUCGAUAAGAAGAAACGUCAAGUGACGCUGACAGAUCCGUCGGCGGCGAGCGCAGUGGCCGCAUCCACUUCGCAGGAGCGUGGUCCCAUGGUGGCGGCGCCGAAAAUGUUCGCUUUCGAUAGCCUCUUCACGGCAGAGGAUCAACAGUCCGAUAUCUGUGCGUCUGCCUUGUCUGAGGUGAUACCCGCCGUGCUAGAAGGUUCCGACGGUUGUCUACUAACGAUUGGUUAUCCGAAUUCCGGUCAACCGAAAACGAUGUUGGGUGGCGUGAAUCCGCCCACCGAAUUAGGUGCUAUCCCUUGCGCCAUUUCCUGGCUGUACAAGGGUAUUAAUGAGCGACGCCAGAAGAGUGGCGCGCGGUUUUCGGUGCGCGUGAGUGCGCUCGGUGUCAGCGCCACGAAACCGGACUCCAGCUCGAAGGACUUGUUGGCGGCGCAUGCGACUGAAUCUGAUGACUCGCCAGGCGUGUACUUGCGUGAUGACUUCCUUGGCGGACCGACCGAACUACGUGCCCCCACCGCUGAACGUGCCGCAUUGUUCCUAGACGCUGCACUCGCAGGACGGCCACAAGGUGGACUUGAGCCAGCCAUGAUUUUCACACUACACGUCUACCAGUACAGUUUAUCGCGCAAAGGAGGAGUGGCUGGAGGACGAAGUCGUUUACAUCUCAUCGAUUUGGGUUGCUGUGCCAACCGCAAUGGUGGACUGCCACUCUCCGGCAUUGGCAACAUACUAUUGGCCAUAUUGAGUGGACAACGCCAUCCGCCGAACAAGGAUCAUUCAUUGACGCCGCUGUUGAAAGAUUGUCUGGCGCCGUUGACGUGUCAUGUCGCCAUAAUGGCGCAUGUAAUGCACACGCAGUCGCACACGGAUGCCCUGACGACGAUACAACUGGCCUCACGCAUACAUCGAAUGCGACGACGUAAACAUCGUUUUCCCAUGCCAAGUGACAAAACGGGCGUAGGAGGAUUGGCGGCGGCGGGCGUUAAUGGAGGACAUCAAUCGACUGGCUCAUCGGCUGGUUCGGGCGCAGAUCCUUCCAGCUCGGAGCUGUCCGCAGAUACCGUCAUUUACAUGGGACCGAGUGACGAUGCGACGGAUGGCGAACAUCCGCCAGUGUAUUUGCCCUCGCUGAGUAGUGGUGACAAUCGUUGUGUGAUGAGCAAGGCGCUGAAGGGCAGCGGCCUGGAAAAGCAGCAACAGUCGCCGGCGAAAAGUAGUGCAGCCAGCACGCUGAAGAAGUCAGCAGCACAAAAAGCAGUGCCACAAAGUCCCACCAUAAAUGCGUCUAGUCGCGCAGGCAGCCUAAAACGCGGUCACGUCAAUAGUCCAACGCCAGCCCAACAUGUACAACAACAACAACAGCCUCAAGCGACUGCGGUCAAUGCCGACCAGCAGCAGCAGCAACAGUUCUUCUCACCCGUUCACAGCGUGAAAUCACUUUCGCACUCAGCCUCCUCACCCAAAAUAGUUGCGGGCAGUUUGCGCCAUUCCGGCAUGGCAGGCAUGAUGUGCUCGAAGGGUUCGAAUGUGCCAUCACCUAAAGGCUCACCGCUGCGGCGUCGAGGCGUCGGCGCCAAUGUUGUGUCCGCCGCCGCUGGCGACUCCCUAGACUGCCCCGGCAGUCCGAUGCGCAAGAUAAGCGAAGAGCAGUGGAUUGAUGGGCCGCGUGUGUCGCGCGCCAAGGUAGCUGAGGCGCGUCAUCUGCUGCGCGAAGUGAAUCAUGUGAAACAGUGCGAGACAUGGAUUGAUGGCCCCCAAUCGCAGUCGACACGUUCACUGACCGCCGGCAAUCUGCCUACAGCACCCUCGCAGGUGCAAGGCUACGGCUUCAUGGACUCGCACAAGAAGUCUAUGAUACGGCAGUGGGUAGAGAAUCAGACUUCGCAAGUCUUCCAAACCACAUCGGCAGCGUCUUCGCCCACACACGGCGCCGGCAAUGCCGCACAUCGCGACCAACAAGCGCACCAUCUGCGCAACAUUACCUUCCACAUGUCACAGCUGAAGCAGAAGUCGCUCGAUGCACCAGAGGAUUUGUAUGCGAGGAGCACCAGACAAUUGCAACACCAACAACAUGCUGUGCAACAUCCAACGUUGCAGCAACAACAUUCGGUACCCCUCGAACAGCAGCAAUUCAUGUUAUGCGCCAGCGAAGCGGAGCUGGCACAUGCCAUUGCCAUGGGUCUUUCCACAGCUGUAAGCACAACUAACGCCUCGGCGCCCGCGGAGAUACGUGGCUCCCAGCCAGCGUAUCAUCAACUCACCCAGCAGACGACCACAAAAGAUGAUACUGAUUUACAAUCGACGCAUUCACACACCGGUUAUGGCAUAAUUUCACAGCAGAUACUCGUCGGAGGUGGCAAGUCGACGGCAACGAUAUCGGAGCAUAGCGUUGGCGUGGGUGCCAGUGCGAGUGGACACCAAAGCGAUCGGCAAGCAGACUGUGAUGAGGACCAGGACAGCGGACCGUCGGAGGUGCCGCCAGCGUUGCCGCUCAUCGUGCCGUUGGGUUCGCUUGAAAUUUCGCACGAAAGUCUGCAUCGCAUACUAUCGCGACAUGUUUCGCGAGAAUCACUCUACCAGCAGCAACAACGUGAGCAACAACAACAGGAAUUGCGACGACAAGAGGAACUGCAACAUAGUGCGCCCUCGAGGCAGUCAUCGCAUCACUACUGCCAACACAGCAUGUCCGAUUGUGGACUGCAGGUGACAGAGGAGGAGAUAGCGCGCACAAUGGGCGGCGAGCAUCCUUUGGCGGCACUAAGUCACGUUGACAACAUGUCCAUUGUGUCGAGCUUCAAUAUGGCCGGCGAUGCGUUUAGCGAUUGUUCGAUGGGUGAAAGAAUGAGAAACCAAUUCGAUCAAUUAGCGCGUCUACGUGAGAUCUUCACCUCACAACUGGCCAUGGCCGAAGUGACGCCCGUCUUCCGCAACGGCUGCGAUGUGGGUAGCGUCUAUAGUGAACCCGCCUAUCGUUUCAAUACGGGACCGGGUAGCGUGUGCAGUGAGCCGCCAUAUAGGCCAUCAAGUCCGAGACAACCCUCGCGCAGCCCCAGCCAAGGCAGCUUGCCCAACCUGAAUGGCAUCAUGCAAAUUGCCGGCGUGGAGCAAUACGCCUCCCUACGUCAUCCUGAUGGUGCUUCCGAUCCGAAUUUGUCAAGAGUGGAGAAACCUUUCGUGUUGGAACACGAGGAUAUCUGCGAAGUAGAUGAAAAAUCGGCGUUACUAUCACCCUCGAAGCGACCCUCACUCGAAAAGGAGCAUCUACCGGGCGUUGGCGGCGCUGCCAUGCCAGCGACCUCCCAAACACAGUUACCACUACUACCACUAAAUACCACCUGCGAGGCCUACGACAGCGGACACGAUUCAUCAACACCACGUACUUCCAAACAUUCGGGUAUUUCACGUCGCGCCGAAAGCGGCUACCAUAGCGUAGCGACAGCGAGAGAUAGCGACGAGAGCAGCUUUACGUCAGGUCUCUCGAAAGAGCCUCACAAUCGCAUAACUAUGGUGAAGAAGAACAAGCGCCAAGACAAGGGGCUGUGCAAUUGGCUAAUGAAUCCGUUCACCUGCACCUAUCCGGAGACUGAGGGUGAAAUCAGUGACUUUUGAAGAAUGAAGUAAGCGGAGAAAUUAGAAUGAAAGUCGAAUUUAUAAUGUGAAAGCAGAGCGAGGAAUGAAAAAUAACGAAGCUUCAGAAUUAGAAAAAUAAAAAGUGCGCCAACCCACCAAGAAAUUUUUGCGCGCAGCUACAUAAAUAUUUAAACAUACAUAUAGAAACAAUAAAAUAUGUAAAAAUUAUCAUAAAAAAAAAUGAGAAAUAUUUUUAGGUUAAUAUCAGAUGAUUGUCAAAAAAAUGCAGUGAUGUAGAGAAAGCAUUUUUAAAGUGGAAUCUCAUUUAUAAUACUUAACGUAUGUGUUCUAAAGCACAAGCUUAUGAAGUGCGCACUUGUAUGAGUGCGCGAAAAGCUUAUUGCAUGUCUAGCAGUAAUAGAAAGAGAAAGCUUUCACUUUGUAUGUGUG